AUGGCCAUUAUUGCUCAUUUUGGUCAUGGAAAAUCAAUAUUAACUGACUUACUUGUGUACAAAGCUGGUUUUAUUAUUUCACAGAAGGCUCAUGAAAUGCUUUUCAGUAAUGCACGAAAACUUGAAAAAGAACGAUAUAUUAAAACUACAUCAACAACUAUUUCACUUUAUUAUGAAUUACCUGCUAAAGAUUUAGAACUCACCAAACAAGAGUGUGAACCCAAUGUAUCGUACUUUUUAAUUAGUCUUAUUGACUCACCAGGUCACGUUGAUUUUUCCUCGGAAGUUAGCGUUACUUUAUGUAUUAGCGACGGUGCUCUCGUUAUUGUUGAUUGUACCUCAGGAGACCGUUUACAAACUGAAACUGUUCUUCGUCUAGCUAUUGCUGAACAUGUUAAACCAAUUUUAUUUAUAAAUAAAAUGGAUCGUGCUUUACUUGAAUUAAAACUCGAACAGGAACAUCUUUUUCAAACAUGUCGACGUAUUGUUGAAAAUGUCAAUGGUAUCAUUUCUACUUAUGGUAAUAAUACUAGUCCAAUGGGCGAUUUACAAGUUGAUCCAACAAAAGGUAUAGUUGGCUUUGGUGCUGGUCUUCAUCGAUGGGCAUUUACAUUAAAUCAAUUUGCUGAAAUAUAUGCAUCAAAAUUUAAAACUGUAGUUGGUAAAAUAAUAAAACGACUAUGGGUUGAUCAUUUCUUUUCACCAACAGAAAAGAAAUGGUCAAAAACUGAUGGAGAAGGUGGUAUAUCACUUUUAAAACUUGCUAUGCAACAAUGGUUACCAGCUAGUGAUGUUUUUCUUACGAUGAUUGCUAUACAUUUACCAUCACCUGUUGUAGCACAAAAAUAUCGUGCUGAAUUUAUUUAUGAAGUUAUGUGUCCACAAGAUGACGAAGCAUGUUUAGCUAUUAAAGAAUGUAAUCCAAAUGCUCCAUUGAUGGUUUAUAUUUCAAAAAUGAUACCAACAUUGCAUAGAGGUCGUUUCUUUGCUUUUGGUCGUGUCUUUUCGGGUAUUGUUAAGUCAAAUCAAUCAGUUCGUAUUAUGGGUCCAAAUUAUGUACUAGGUAGAAAAGAAGAUCUUUACGUUAAAAAUAUUCAUCGAAUAAAUCUUAUGAUGGGUCGCUAUAUUGAACCAAUUGAAGAUGUACCAUGUGAAAAUAUCUGCUGUCUUGUUGGUGUUGAUCAAUAUUUAACUAAAACUAGUGCAAUAACUACAUAUGAAAAUGCAUAUAAUCUUCGAGCAAUGAAAUUAAGUGUCACUUCUGUCGUACGUGUUGUUGUUGAACCAAGAAAUCCAGAUGAUUUACCAAAAUUAGUCGAAGAAUCUGGUGAACAUAUCGUAGCCGGUGUUGGUGUAUUACAUCUAGAAAUUUGUCUGAAAGAUCUUGAAGAAGAUUAUGCUUGUAUUUCAAUAAAAGUUUCUGAUUCAAUGGUAUCAUAUCGUGAAACUGUAUCUGAAGAAUCCGAAAUAAUGUGCGUAUCGAAAUCACCUAAUAAACAUAAUCGUAUCUAUUUAAAAGCUCGACCUAUGCCUGAUGGUUUACCGGAAGAUAUUGAUAAAGAUGAAAUAACAUCACGUCGAGAAUUUAAAGCACGUGCACAUUAUUUAAAUGAAAAAUAUGAUUAUGAUAUAAAUGAAGCACGUCUACAAUACGAAAAUGAAAUAAAAUAUAGUUGUAUUGUUGUUUUUCAAUGGGCUACAAAAGAAAGUGUACUUGCUGAAGAAAAUAUUCGUGGUGUUCGUUUUGAUAUUCAUCAUAUUAUACUAAAUAGUGAUGCUAUACAUCGUGGUUGUGGCCAAAUUAUUCCAACAGCUCGUCAUGCAAUUUAUGCAUCAAUGCUCACAGCAAAACCACGACUAUUUGAACCAGUCUAUUUAUAUGAAGUAGAAUGUCCAGAAGUUGCUCUUGGUAGUAUUUAUGGUCUAUUAAAUUGUCGUCGUGGUUAUGUUUUUGAAGAUCAUCAAGUAGCUGAAACAUCAAUAUUUAUUCUUAGAGCUUAUUUAACAAACAAUGAAUCAUUUGGUGGUCAAGCAUUUCCACAAUAUAUAUUUGAUCAUUGGACAAUUAUAAACCAAGAUCCAUUUGAUGACUCAACUGAAGUUCGACAAAUUAUUAAUGAUAUUUGA